AUGGAGCCUGUCGUCAUCCGGGACACGUGGACGCGCAUUCCGGCCAGGGUCCCGCCCGGGGCGGAGGGCCCUGCUGGGCCCGGAGAACUGCACUUCCCGGCAUGCCCUAGCCUCGGCGCGCCUGCGUGCGGAAGCGGUCCUGCUGGCGGGCUUGGUUCAAAUUGCCCUUUUAGUUCCAUGGAAACCCGGCUGCUUGCAGCGGGACGCCGCCGCCUGCUGAACGAUGGAGAGGGGGGUACUCAGGAUGGAAGAUUAAAGAUUAUAAGUUAUCUCUAUACCUUUGGCCAAAGUAAAGAUGAAAAGCAGGCCUUUAGUUACCCUCUGGACCAAGUGCAUAUGGAAACUGGAGUGUGCAGACCAGUCCUCUCUCCAACCCACAUCAAUACCACAGCUUCUGAAACAUUCACAGUACUUCAACAAAGGAUGCGGACCAUGGAGGAACAGACCAGUUCUCUGAGAGACGACCUAAUAACGUUGGGAUAUGGUGACGCAAGAAGUCAGUUAGAAACUUCAAACUGUUUAGAAGACCUUGUCAGCCAGAAAGUCAUCAGUCCUAUCUCAAGUGAAAUAGUUUGUCCACAAAAUCCAGAUAUUUUAUGCAAGAACUGGGAGUUUCUGGUAAAUCGCAUGUGCCACCUGGAAACCCUCAUCCAGUCCUUGAAGAUGAACAUCUUUCGUCUGCAAGCUGAAAAGGAUUUGAGCCCACAGAAAACAGCUUUUCUGAAGGACCAGCUGAAUACAGUCCAGGAGGAGCAUUCCAAGGACCUGAAGCUAUUGCAGCUGGAGGUGAUGAAUUUGCACCAGCAGCUGAGAGAUGUCAAACAGGAAGAAGACAAGGCACAGGACAAAGUGCAGGGACUGACGGCCACACUCGAGACCGCCUCGGAGAUGAAGAAGAAUGCAGCUACUAUCGAAGAGGAACUAAAGACCACAAAACGUAAAAUGAACCUUAAAAUUCAGGAGCUAAGGAGACAACUGGCUCAGGAGAAGUACUUCAGGGAGUCGCUAGAGAGGUCUGCAUCCUCCAUGCUACUCAAAAUACAAGAAAUGGGAUCAACAGUGGAGGAAGAGCGGAAACAGGUGCAUGUUUUGCAGCAGAACAGCAUUGCCCUGCGUAAUUCUAUACAGGCCACCCAAGAGCUGCUGGCAUUGGAACAACAAAAGAAAGGAGAGUUGGAGAUAACUAUGUCACAGCUCAAAUCUGAUCUAGUUUCUAGGGAUAAUCUCAUUUGCAAGUUGGCUGAAGAGAAUAAGAAUGCACAAAUAUCUUUCAACAAGGAACAUAAAGAAAAUGCACAUUUGAAAUCUGAAAUAAUGUCCCUCCAUGAUGUAUCAGAAAAAGCACAGGUUUUGAAUGGCCAACUGACCAGAAAGUGUGCAGAGCUAAGCAGCAUGCUAAAGAUUGCGAAGAUGGAAAAUGCUAGUAUUAUUGCUGAUCAUCAUGCCAUUCUGCAGGUGGAACAGAAAAUGAUGACACAGACAUUUCAAGAACAAAAUUUACUGUUAGAUGCAGCCCAUGCCAGCAUCACAGGUGAACUACAGACUGUUCAGAAUGAGAAAUCCCAACUCCAAACAUAUCUAAACCAUAUAACCCUGGAGUAUAAUCAGUGCAUCCAGAAAGCAAGGGAUGCUGAGAAGAGGGCAGCAGCACAAAAGGAGCUUCUAGAAUCAACCAUUGUCAGACUGCGAAGUGAACUGGAAGCAUCAAUGCAAGAGAAGAAGUCUCUGCUAGAGGAGAAAGAGCGAUGCCAAAGAGAGGUUAAUAGAGCAGAAAAAGAAAUAGCUCAAGAAAAAUGCAAUUUGGAAAAAGAAUUAGCUAAAAACAAGGUAGACAUAAAUGUAUUAACCCAAAACCUGAACACUAUAGUUGAAGAAAAUAAGCACCUUACAGAUAAGAUGGCUUCUCUUGAACUUCAGUGAAUCACUACUGAUUACCAUGGGCUUGCUCAGCAGAAGGUGGAAAAAGAAUUGGGAAAAAUAACUGACAGUAAAAAUAAACUGGCUUAUGAAAAUGGAGCACUCCAGAUAAAAGUUAAACAGCUGGAAGAGCAGCUACGUUCUUUUACUGAAACCAGUUUACAGAACGACCAUCUACGCCAACUGUAUAAGGCCUUAGAGGCCAAGUACGCUCAGGCAGAAUCAGAACUGAGUGCCAACAAAGUACAGCUGCAAUAGACAGAAGCUCACUUGAAAGAGGUGAAAUCUAAUUUUGAAAAACGUGAAGAGGAGCUGUUCCAAGCAGUGAAGUGUCGUGACAUAGCCCUGAGAGAGAGCCAGAAGUUGAGAGGGGACUUGGAGGCCCUGGAGGACAGGGAGAACAAGAAGGUGGGAAGCGUUCAGCGGCAGCUGGCGGAGGCCAAAGAAGACAACUGCAAAGUUACGAUCAUGUUGGAGAAUGUGCUCGCCUCUCACAGCAAGAUGCAGGCUGCUCUGGAGAAAGUUCAGAUAGAGCUUGGGCGAAGGGACUCGGAGAUCGCAGGCCUCAAGAAGGAAAGGGCUUUAAACCAGCAACGAGUACAGAAGCUGGAAACGGAGGUGGACCAGUGGCAGGCCAGAAUGCUGAUGGUGGAGGCCCAGCACAGCAGUGAGAUGGAACCUCUUCAAAAGUCUCUAGAUAUAACUAGAGAAGACAACAGGAAACUGGCCAUGAGCCUAGAGCAAGCUCUCCAAACAAAUAUUCAUGUGCAAGCUAAGCUAGAUCACACUCAAGAAAAGUUGGAAAAAAAAGAGCUAGAGCUGCAGAAUCUGGGAACCUUCAAAGAACGGAUGGCUGAGGAAUCCAAAGUAGAGGCUGAGUUGCAUGCGGAGCGCAUAGAGGCUCUCAGAAAGCAGUUUCAGACUGAGAGGGAGACUGCGAAGAAAGCAGCACAGCGGGAAGCUUCUGAGAUGAAGAAAGCCCUUGAUGAAGCCAACUACAGAUCAGUGGAAGUGUCCCGGACAAACCGGGAGCUGCGACAGAAACUUACUGAUCUAGAAAAAGUACUGAACAGUAACAAGGAGAAACUAAAGACCCAACAUGCCCAAAUCAAGCUGCAUCUGUCGGCAAAGGCAAAUAAUGCUCAGAACAUGGAGAGGAUGAAGCAAAUACAAACAGAAUUGAGGCAGAUGGAGAUGAUUAAGGAACAAUAUCAGAAAAAAAACUAUGAACAGUCCUUGAGCAUCCAAAGAUUUGUAGCUGAAAUGACGAACUUGCAGAAGGAGAUGCAGCUGCUAGCAAAGAGUCAGUACGAAACCACAGCACGCAACAAACAGCAAGAGCUGCGACUGACAGCAGAGCGGAAAAUGAGGCAGGAACUAGAAAAUCGGUGUCAGGAAUUGGAAGAAACUGUCAGACACCUGAAGAAAUGUAAGGAGGCAGCAGAGAAUAAACUGAAAGAAGCCCGUGUGGAGUCAGAACAGAUAACAGCUAACCUGGAAGAAGCCCAUCGCUGGUUCAAGUGCAGGUUCGAUGGAGUGCAACUUGAGCAGACAAAGAACCGCUUGCAAAGGCUUCCCCGGGAGGACACGUGGCCAGAGGAGGACCAAGAAACAAAGCACAGUGUUUCACCCAGCCAGUCUGUUCUGCAGCGGUGGGAGACUAAACAGAAUCGUGGGCUCAUGCCCAAGGAUUACCAGUGCGAGGCAGAGAAGAAGCGGCCUUGA